CAUUUUUAUGGGGUUGGUUAUGUGUUUGGAAAUCGAAAUUUAUUUUAUUAUCAAUCAAUAAAGUUGUUUGGAUAUUAAAAAUUAAAUAUAAUAAUUUAUUUAAAAACAAAGUGGAGUAGCAUCGAUUAAAUUGUGUAUAAUUUUCCAAGUGUUAAAAAUAGUAGAGAGAAUCCAAGUAAGCUGGUCAAAGACUAAAAUGUGAUUUGUGAUUUGGAGCAAUGAAUAAUGAAGGCUGCCGAGAGAGAGAGAUGUAUGUAUAUGGCACGGUGCGUGUUUACAGAUCUGAAGUAUUCAAUAUGAUAUCAUCUUAAGCCCGUCGCCGUCGGGCUGCCAAGAUCCGGACCACGUAAAACUCCGUUCUGACCGGUUAGGACCUUAUGGAUCUAGUCCGGUUUGGAUGCCGGGCCAGAUUAAAAACAGCAAUUCCACCUCUGCCGCUGCUGCUUCUUCUUCUUUCUUUUCCGGUAAUCAGACUUCAGACAAGUUUUCUUUCUGGCUCUGCUUGUCGUAGAGAUAGAUAGAGAGAGAGAGAGAGAGAGGUAGAGACCGAGAUGUUGCAGUGUAUAUUUCUUCUCUCAGAUUCUGGGGAGGUCAUGCUUGAGAAACAGCUCACUGGGCAUAGGGUUGAUCGGUCCAUAUGUGCUUGGUUUUGGGAACAUGCAAUCUCACAGGCUGACUCCUUCAAGGCUUUACCUGUAAUUGCUUCACCGACACAUUACCUUUUCCAAAUUGUUCGUGAGGGUAUCACAUUCUUAGCAUGUACCCAAGUGGAAAUGCCUCCUCUCAUGGGAAUUGAGUUCCUUUGUAGAGUUGCUGAUGUCCUCACUGACUAUCUUGGGGGGCUGAAUGAAGACUUGAUAAAGGAUAAUUUUGUUAUUGUAUAUGAGCUUCUGGAUGAGAUGAUAGAUAAUGGCUUCCCUCUCACAACAGAACCAAAUAUCUUGAGGGAGAUGAUAGCUCCUCCAAAUAUAGUUAGCAAAGUGUUGAGUGUCGUGACGGGUAACAGCUCCAAUGUUAGCAACACCCUUCCAGGUGCAACAGCAUCUUGCGUUCCAUGGAGGACAACAGACUUGAAACAUACAAGUAAUGAAGUUUAUGUCGAUCUUGUUGAAGAAAUGGAUGCAAUUAUAAACAGGGAUGGUGUCCUGGUGAAAUGCGAGAUAUAUGGUGAAGUGCAAGUGAAUUCCCAACUCUCAGGUCUUCCUGAUUUGACACUUUCAUUUGCAAAUCCUUCUAUUCUGAAUGACGUUAGAUUCCAUCCUUGUGUUCGGUUUCGUCCUUGGGAAUCCCACCAGAUUCUAUCCUUUGUGCCUCCGGAUGGACAGUUUAAGCUCAUGAGUUACAGGGUCAAAAACUUGAAGACCACUCCUAUAUAUGUCAAGCCACAGCUGAACUCGGAUUCUGGGACAUGCCGCAUCCAUGUUUUGGUUGGGAUAAGAAAUGAUCCUGGAAAGACAAUUGAUUCAGUAGCUGUAGAAUUUCAACUGCCGCCUUGUGUUUUAUCAGCUGAUCUGACGUCAAAUCAUGGAACAAUAAACAUCCUUGCUAAUAAGACCUGCUCGUGGUCAAUUGGAAGAAUACCAAAAGAUAAAGCUCCAUCAAUGUCUGGGGCACUAGUCCUUGAGCCAGGUUUGGAACGCCUUAAUGUAUAUCCCACAUUUCAAGUGGGCUUCAGGAUCAUGGGUGUUGCACUUUCUGGCCUGAGAAUAGAUAAAUUGGACCUGAAGAACCUGCCUAAUCGCCCAUACAAAGGUUUUCGAGCUCUUACACGAGCAGGAGAGUAUGAAGUUAGGUCAUAGGGGAUUGAGAGCUCGAACAUGAUGAUGGAUGUUGAACUGCAAUGCGUUUGCCCCCCCUAUAACAUCAAUUGAUUGAUUCCUGUAAGCUACUCGGCACAAUAUUAAUUUUCUGAUACAAGAGAUGAAUGACGCUCAACCCAAAAACAAAAUCGUAAAAACAGAGUUGUGGUUUAUAUCAACAUCUAUGAGAGUUUAAUAGACGAAUUCUAGCC